AGAACAGUAUUUGACAAUCAGCGUUGACAGAGUCAUCUUUGGAAGCUUCGUCCUCCUUUCUCUUCUAGUACUUAGUACCCUUUCUUUUUUACUUCUUAGAUUCUUUUCAGUUAGAUCAAUUAGUCUUCUCUUUACGUUUUAUCACGUGAAACUCCAUUUCUAUUUAUAUGCUUAUCUCCAAGCCCGUUAUUCUUGAAUCUCCAUUGCUCUAUCUUCACCAGCACCAUGACUGCCCCUUCAUCGUCAAAAAUGUCAUCAAAAUUCAAAUGCAUACUCUUCACCGUCGUUGCUUCUCUCCUCCUUUUCUCUCUCAUUGCUCUUAUCCUCUUCUUCACUCUUCGACAUAAAACAGACCAUUCCCACUCUCCGAUAUCACCUUAUAGCACAGAAGUACCAGUGGCUGAGAUCCAAUUAGCCUGCCAGGCCACACAACACCCACAAACUUGUCAAUCCUCUCUAAUUCAAUCUGGUGCUGUUCCCCCAAAUCCAACUCCACUUCAAAUUAUCCAAUCUUCAUUGGGGAUCUCCUCUCAAAAUCUAACCAUUGCUCAAUCAAUGUUAAAAUCCCUCCUAGAGUCUGCCGCAGGUAAUCUAAACAUCACUAACGUUGCCAAAAGUUGUUUGGAGAUUCUGGGUUUGUCACAGUACCGAAUUUCAGUAUCGAAUGAUACUCUGAUGAGUGGCAAGCUAAAGAAUGUUCGAGCUUUGAUGAGUGCGGCUUUGGCUUACCAAUAUGAUUGCUAUGGAGGACUGAGUUAUCAUGGAGGCAACACGCAGGCAAUCAAUGAAACGAUGGCAUUUCUUGACACUUUAAUUGGGCUAAGUAGCAACGCUUUAAGUAUGAUUAUCUCGUAUGAUUUAUUCGGUAACGAAACCCGGUCGUGGCAACCGCCGAAAACGGAACGAGAUGGGUUCUGGGAGGGUCCGGGGUUAAGUAGUGAAGUUGGGUUAGAAGGUGAGUUUCCGUCAAAUCUAACAGCGGAUGUAACGGUUUGUAAAGAGAGGAUUAGUUGUUACAGAACGGUGCAGGAAGCUGUUAAUGCAGCUCCCAACAACACGGUAGACCGUAGGUUUGUAAUACAUAUAAAGGAGGGUGUUUAUGAGGAGAUCGUUAGAGUUCAUUUUGAGAAGAGGAAUGUGGUGUUUUUAGGCGAUGGAAUGGGAAAAACAGUUAUUACCGGCUCAUUGAAUGUUGGUCAGCUUGGUGUCACUACUUAUGAGUCUGCUACUGUUGGUGUUCUUGGUGAUGGAUUCAUGGCCAGCGGUAUCACUUUUCAGAACACUGCAGGGCCUCCCACCCACCAAGCAGUGGCCUUUAGAUCAGACAGUGAUCUAUCAUUUAUCGAGAACUGUGAGUUCAUCGGCAAUCAAGACACUUUGUAUGCUCAUUCACUUCGCCAAUACUAUAAAUCAUGCCGUAUUCAAGGCAAUGUGGAUUUCAUUUUCGGAAACUCAGCUGCUAUUUUUCAAGAUUGUGAAAUCUUAGUCAGUCCCAGGCAAGAAAAGCCAGAAAAAGGCGAAAAUAAUGCAGUCACAGCACAUGGCAGGAUAGACCCUGCACAAUCAACUGGUUUUGUGUUUCAAAAUUGUUUGAUCAAUGGCACUCAGGAAUACAUGGCAUUAUACCGUAGCAACCCUCGUGUACACAAGAAUUAUUUGGGAAGGCCAUGGAAGGAAUAUUCAAGAGUGGUUUUCAUAAAUUGUAACUUUGAAGCUCUUAUAACACCACAAGGCUGGCUGCCUUGGGACGGUGAUUUUGCUUUGAAAACGCUUUACUACGGGGAAUUUAAGAACUCCGGACCAGGUUCUGAUUUGUCUCAAAGAGUAACAUGGAGUAGUCAAAUUCCUGCUGAGCAUGUAAAUGCAUAUUCAGUGCAGAAUUUCAUUCAAGGAGAUGACUGGAUUCCUACAUCUUAAUUAUUCAAUAUCAGUUAUAAUGAUGUUGUAUAUUAUAGAUUAAUAAUAACAUUAUUUGCUUUUAAGCAAUUAUUUACAGUAUUUAUCACAA